AACAAAAGACAUCUGUCUACUUUGUCUGUCUGUCUGUCUGUAUCACGGAGUUCAUACUCAGUUCUUUGUAUAAAUGAGAUGUAAGCAAAAAAAGAGUAAAUUGGUUUCGGUAAUUUUUAGGAUAAUGUACUUCGCAAGGUUUGUCAUGUAAAAUGCGGAAACUGUUUAAUACUUUCAAAUAGGUACCAUCUUUAAACUGUUACUCAAACUAAUAACUAAAAAAAAAAAAUCAAAAUUUUCUGUAAUCGAUGUCUGCAUAUAUGGGAACAUUGUAUUACCUUAUAAUUAAACAUAGGUAUGUAAUUGGACGAAAAAUCAUAUUUGUGUUAAAUAUAAUAAAUUAGUAUUAAUGAAAUGUCCCUGGGAAUUAAGGUAUGCAUACAUCAAACACUAGAUAAGUUACAUUACAGAUUGAACCCAGCAUGCAUUGAAAAUUUUAUGAGGAUAAUCCAUGAAUACAUCAAACAUCAGAUAAGUCUCAUGCAUGGCACGCGUUGAUAAUUUUACGAAGAUAAUCACAUGUAUUUUCGUGAGAUAGCAAAAGCUAGAGGGAAGCUUCCAUGAAUACUGUGGCUGAAAUCAUUAUAAAGUAACCCAUUUUGCAUUCGUACAGAACGUCAUCUUGAGAUGUGUAGCGAGUUAUAUGGUAUCAAGACUGACGGUGAUAGUUGCCUAUGUAGGGCAGAAAUUACAUGUUCUAGUACAUACGUAACAAAUCAUUUGGAAAAAGCAAUAUUUUAAAAAAGCACAUGCAUACCCAAACAGAAGGUAAAACUUCAUUUACAUGAGAUUUGUAAUAAAUCGUUUAGACAAAGUAGUAUUUUAAAAGAGCAUACACUCACUCACUCAAGUAUGAAACCUCGUGUGUGUGAAGUAUGUAAGAAGUCAUUUAGGUUUCAGUGUGGUUUAAAGGAGCACAUGCUCAUUCAUACAGGAGAGAAACCUCAUAUGUGCAAAGUAUGCAAGAUGUCAUUUAGACAAAAGGUUGGUUUAAAAAUGCAUGAGGUUAUUCACACAGGAGAGAAGCCUCAUAUUUGUGAAGUAUGUAAGAAGUCAUUUAGUCAAAAGGGGAAUUUAAAUGAACAUAUGCUCAUUCAUACAGGAGAGAAACCUCAUGUGUGCAAAGUAUGUAAGAUGUCAUUUAGACAAAAGAUUGGUUUGAAAAUGCAUAUGCUUAUUCACACAGGAGAGAAACCUCAUGUCUGUGAAGUAUGUAAGAAGUCAUUUAGUCAAAAGGGGAAUUUAAAUGAGCAUAUGAUUAUCCACACAGGGGAGAAACCUUAUAUGUGCGAAGUAUGUAUGAAAUCAUUUACAGGGAAUAAUAGUUUAAAGAAGCAUAUGCUAAUUCACACUGGAGAGAAACCUCAUGUGUGUGAAGUGUGUAUGAAAUUAUUUAGACAAAAGUGUAGUUUAAGACAGCAUAUGCUUACUCACACUGGGGAGAAACCUCAUGUUUGUGAAGUAUGCGACAAGUCAUUUAAUGAAAGGAGUAUAUUAAACAAUCAUAUGCUAACUCACACCGGAGAGAAAACUCAUGUGUGUGAAGUAUGUAAUAAGUCAUUUAGACGAAAGCAUCAUUUAAAUAAGCAUGAACUUAUUCACACAGGAGAGAAGCCUCACAUGUGUGAAGUAUGUAAAAAAUCAUUUAAUCAAAAAACUCAUUUAAACAAGCAUAUGCUUAUUCACACAGAGAAACCUCAUAUGUGUGAACUAUGUAAGAAGACAUUUCGUGUAAAGGAUACUUUAAACAAGCAUAUGCUUAUUCACACAGUAGAGAAACCUCAUGUGUGUGAGGUAUGUAAGAAGACAUUUAGUAACAAAGGUAGUUUAAACAAGCAUGGGCUUAUUCACACAGGAGAGAAGCCUCAUGUGUGUGAAGUAUGUCAAAGGUCAUUUAGUCAAAAGUGGAAUUUAAAUGUGCAUAUGCUUAUUCACAGAGGACAGAAAUCUCAUCUUUAUACUGAUCGCAGCUGUGCCAUUACUGAUAGAGAUGUCUGCCUUGUGCUUGUCAUGAAAAAGGUGUUUGGUAUUUCUAUUCAUGAUAAACAAUGUGUUUUAAAAGAGCAUAUGCUAAUUCACCCAGGCGAGAAACCUCAUAUAUGUGAAGUAUGUAGUAAGUCAUUUAGAUAUAAAUGUGGUUUAAAGGAACAUAUACUCGUUCAUACAGGAGAAAAACCUCAUUUGUGCAAAGUAUGUAAGAUGUCAUUUAGGCAAAAGGUUGGUUUGAAAAUGCAUGCAGUUAUUCACACUGGCGAGAAACGUCAUGUUUGUGAAAUAUGUAAGAAAUCAUAUAGUCAAAAGGGGAAUUUAAAUGAACAUAUGCUCAUUCAUACAGGAGAGAAACCUCAUGUGUGCAAAGUAUGUAAGAUGUCAUUUAGACAAAAGAUUGGUUUGAAAAUGCAUAUGUUUAUUCACACAAGAGAGAAGCCUCAUGUUUGUGAAGUAUGUAAGAAGUCAUUUAGUCAAAAGGGAAAUUUAAAUGAACAUAUGAUUAUUCACACAGGAGAGAAACCUUAUAUGUGUGAAGUAUGUAUGAAAUCAUUUACAGGAAAUAAGAGUUUAAAGACCCAUAUGCUAAUUCACACUGGAGAGAAACCUCAUGUUUGUGAAGUAUGUAUGAAAAUGUUUAGACAAAAGUGUAGUUUAAGGCAACAUAUGCUUACUCAUACAGGAGAGAGACCUUAUAUUUGUGAAGUAUGUGAGAAAUCAUUUAAUGAAAGGAGUAUUUUAAACAAUCAUAUGCUUAUUCACACUGGAGAGAAAAGUCAUGUGUGUGAAGUAUGUAAUAAGUCAUUUAGACGAAAACAUCAUUUAAAUAAGCAUAUACUUAUUCACACAGGAGAGAAACCUCACACGUGUGAAGUAUGUAAGAAAUCGUUUAAUCAAAAAACUCAUUUAAACAAGCAUAUGCUUAUUCAUGCAGAAAAACCUCAUAUGUGUGAUAUUUGUAAGAAGAUGUUUCGUGUAAAGGAUAUUUUAGACAAGCAUAUGCUUAUUCACACAGUAGAGGAACCUCGUAUGUUUGAGAAAUGUAAGAAGAUGUUUAGUGACAAUGGCUGUUUAAAAAAGGAUGUGCCUACUGACACAGAAGAGAAAUCUCAUUUGUGUGAAAUAUGUCAAAGGUCAUUUAACCAAAAGUGGAAAUUAAAUGUGCAUAUGCUCAUUCACACGGGAAAGAAACUUCAUUCGUGAGAAGUAUGUAAGAUGUUUAGUGAAAUGUGUAAUUUAACCAAGUACAUUCUUAUUCACAUAGGAGAGAAAUUGUGUGUGUAAGGUAUGUUAAAUUCAUUUAAAUGUGGAUAUCAGUAUAAGAACUAGUCAUUUGGAUUGAUGAAUUUGAAGAAAUCUGCACAAAAGAGAAAGCUGCUGUCCUUUCAGCCCAUAUUAGUGACAACUUUUAUUUACCUAUGCAAUAAGUACUUCUGUAUGCAGCUAAGAAUCCUCAUUGUAUGAGUUGAAGUCUGGUUUGAUCUUCCCCGAUGAUAUAAUUUAGCCACAGUAAAAUUUGUAGAAUUUACCCAGUCGUUCAGUGAUGAAAUUUAUGACUUGCAGAGAUUAUACAGAAUGCUUUAUUCCAUUCCAUAUAAUCAUGUACUGUAAUCUCUUGAUACCGGUGAGCCUGUGUGACAUAUAUGAAUUUUCAUUUGAUCAACAAACCAUGUAUUUCUUUACACAGUAGAAGACAUUCCUUGAGACAUUUUGUAUGAUAAUUAAUGUGUAGUGUUUACGUGUACUGCCUAAUGAAAUGGGCUAUAUAUAUAAGUACUUUUAGUACUGAAAUUCUAAAAUAUGGCUGAAUGUAUCAUCUCGUAUGCAUACUGUAAAUUGCUUGUGUUUUGUGUUACACUUGUCUGUUUGAGAAUUUAAUGUAGAUACGAAGAGCAGUUGUGCUAUUACUAUUAAAAAUGUCUUCCUUGUGCCUGUCAUGAAAAAUGUGUUGGGCUCAUGAUGAAGAAGUACUAAACGCUGUGCCUAUCCAGCUCCAGUAUUAAAUGUUUCAGUGCAUAUCAAUCAGAAAACUGAUACAAGGUUCCACAGCAUUGUUAGGAAGGGCAAAUGAGUUCUAAAAUAUUUUCAGUCAAAUCUUCGGCAUACCAAGUAAUGCAAUGUAGGUGUGUAAAGUAUAUAAAAAGACAUUUCUAAAAAUUAAAAAACAUCAUUUCUUUGGAGGUAAGAAAUCUAUGUAUACUGGAUAUUUAUUCAUAUUUAUUAUUGUUCUGUGUUUUUUGCAACCAGGGAUGAAAGAAUAUUAAAAUAAUACACUUUUUGUUUUAUCUGUCGUAAUUUCAGGCAAAAUUGAAAUUAUUUUCCAUUUUUGGCAACUUUAGAAUAUUUUCAUUCAGAAAAUAAAAAAUAUAAUGCCAUAAAUCACAGAACUGAAAAGUAAACAAGGUAAUAAAAGCUAUAAUCAGUAGCUUUUGCAAGCUGGAAGUUUCCAAAGCAGUUAGCGAAAGCAAUAAGCUAGUGCUAUAAAGGUUUAAACUUAAUUUCAUUCGUCUUCUUUUGUAUAUUUUUAUGAUAACAGCUUUAUCCAUUGUAAUUGCUUCAGAAUAUUCAGUACUCUUCUGCUAUCAGGACUUGAUUUAGAAAUGUAUGUAUAUAAGUGUGGAUGGAUGUGUUUAUGUAUGCAAUGUAUAUAUGUACACAUGUGUGUAUACAUACAGAUAUAUGCAUGUGCACAUAUGCAUACAAAUGUGCAUUUCUGAAUCCAGUCCGAUAACCUAAAAGUACCAAAUAUUCAAAUGAAUAUCUCAGUUUUCUGUAUAAAAUUCAGUUUAUGCAGUUCUUUUCCAACUUUUUUUUUUUUUUUUUUUUUUUUUAAGUCAAAAAUCUGCCUUUUUGCUCAUACAGGAUUAGUAUGUAUACUUUUUCAAUUAGAUUUUAUGCCUGGCAGCCUUGAAAAGAGUUUAAGGCAAGCUUUAUAAAUCUGUUUCCAUAAAAAUGUCAGGUACUAUACCGUUUUGAGGACCGUAAAAAAUGGCCAAACUGUUGUUGAUGCCAUUGCUGCCAAAAAUAAUUGCGGUAACCCUAACGCAAGAAAGGAAGUAUAAUAGUAAAUUAACUAAGAUUAAUUUUGUUUUAAUUCAGAUAAAAGGUUAAUUUCAUAUAAUCCUUUUUAUUAUUAUAAUUUAUAUAAAAAAGGAUAAGCAUAACUGAAUGGAAGCAUAUGAGUAAAUAACUAUUUCAGAUCAUUAUUAUAAUUUAUAUAAAAAAAGCUAAACAUAACUGAGUGGAUUCCUGUAUCGCUAUUUUCGCUACCGAGAUAUCGCUACAGCAUUAUUUCAUCUCAUUGGUUGUUCAAACAUAAUUUUCUAUAAUGAAUGAUGCCUUUACUUUGAAAAAAAUUCUAUUGCAGACUUUUUGUCACUGGGCAAUUCGGAAAGUGUUAAAUCAACAGCGUUAUCAAAAAAGGAUUUUAAAAUUAAACUAGUAUUUCAAUGGUGUCUUAAGAAAUACAGAACUAUCUAAACUUAUGCAAAUUGAAAUCAGUGUGUACGUUAGAUUUGGUGCACUGUUAAAUGGUCGCGUAUACUAGAUUUGGCACUUUUGCGCAUACAUUUUUGCUGCAAUUUUUUUACGUUCCUCAAAACGGAAUAGUACCAAAUGUCACAUGAUGAAAAAUGUAUCAUAGUAUUAUCAUAUAAUGGAUUUGACAGGAAAUUUUUCAUAUUUUUUUAAAGAAAAAUGAAAGCAAAAUUAUUUUUAUUUUUUACUUUUGAUCUUCAGUGUUAUUUUCUUUAAGAUGUUUAUCUGCCUUUUAUUCACUCUUCUUUUCACUAGAAACAAGCAAUGAAAAUUGCAAAAAUUGUUCCAAUUUUGUCACAGGACAGGUGACAUGGACAGAUAUCUGUGCAAAAGAAUUUUCUUGUUGAUAAUGAAAUUGAAACUUUUGAGAUCCAUUUUUAUAUGUGUCAGUGCACCAUACAGAGGGCUGACACAAGACUUUUGGCCACCUGGCGCAAUCUCUGUGGGUCCUAAUUAAAUCUAAAUUAGUGCUGCCACCAGAUAAAUGAUUAACAGAAUUUUCAAAUUGAAAAAGCUCUUAAAUAUUUUACUGUGUGUUGUUGCUAUAAAACGUAUGUUUUUUGUACCUUUUAAUGUAUAAUUAUCAUAAUAUCAUUUCAGAAUCAAUGUCAUAAAUAGUAUGUUUAAUUAUCUGUUAUUUUAAGUUUUAAAGUUAGCUUUUCACAAUUUCAAUAGUGCUCCUAUAUUGAAUAUUAGUUUUUAAAUAAAAAUGUUUUUUAAUAAUGAUAGUUUUUCAUAGUAAUUCUAUAAGGAUUUCUUAUAGAUUUAAAUGGACACUAUUAUCAGCGUCAAAUCAUGCUGAUUAUGAUUUUACUUCUUUUUUAAUGUGAGCCACUGUCCUUAAAAUAUUUGUAAACCUCUGGAUGGAGCAUGAUGAACAUAAAAGAAAGAAUUAAAGCUAACUGUUAGUAAAACUAAUAAAAGGCCACUAAACAUCUUUAAAAUAUGUUCGACUAUUGUGAAAUGCAAAUGUUUCAAGAAAUUUUGUAAUUUAAUGCUAUUUGCUUGAUAAAUUUCAUUUAGUUAGUUUUA